AUGCUCCCGCCCGAGCCCCGGCCCGCCGGGCCCGCCGAGCCCCCCGCGCCCCGGGAGCCCGCCGCCGCCCUGCGCGCGCUGCUCGUGGCCACGGGCGGCGCGGGGCGCUCGUGGCCCCGCUGCGUGCUGCCCUUCGGCGCCCUGGCCACGCUGGCCGGCGCGGCGGCCACGGCCAUCACCUUCUCGCUGCGCGGGCCCCGCCUGGACCUGGCCCAGGGCGCGGCGCUGGCCGCGCUGGCCGCGGGCCUCGGGCUCCUGGCCGCCGCCUUCCUGUGCUGGCGCGCGCGGCGGCGGCGGCGGCGGCGGCGGCGGGCCGGGGACGCGCGGGGGGCGGCGGGCGCCGGGGACGCGCGGGGGGCGGCGGGCGCCGCGGACGCGCCGCCCCCUCCCUGA